AUGCACUCUCACGGCCCGAACGUUAGUCGAGAGCCUUUGCUGCGUGAAAGUAUUGGUCGGCAAUCGCUGACAAGCCGCAUCAGUAUUCGGGUCGCACGUAGUCUCUCUGUUAUUGGCGUAGCAGAGGAGCCUCGCAACGGUUCCGUGGCUGGGGCAGCUAUCAAUACCCUCUGCAAUGUUGUUGGGGCGGGCGUACUUUCACUGCCGCUUGCCAUGUAUGAGGCCUCAAUCGUUGGGGCGCUUGUGUUGAUGCUGUGUACUGCGCUCCUUGCAGGAUUUGCGGCUUUCGCCGUUAUUGCUGGGUGCGACAUGACACAGCGUUUUUCCUUCACGGAGGUUAUGGCGUUCACUAUAUUCCCUCCCAUGACGUUUGAGAAUUUCUGUGCACAGGAGUCAUCUGUGCCUCCUGGGGACCAUUUCGAAGUAGAAAAGGGAACCAUGGAAAUGGAGGGUCUUCGCGGACGUUACACGGAAAGUGAACUCAAGCGUCGCAAACGUCGCCGCAUUGUAACCGUACUAGUCGAGGCCAUUAUAUUUCUAGGCAACUACGGAACCCUUAUCAUUUACUCACGUGUCAUUGCGGACUCCAUACCCCCUGUGGUGGAAAGUUUUUUGCAUGGCUCCGGGGUCGUCGUCACGCGCUUUUUUUGGCUUCUGGUAUCUGGCAUUGUCUUCUUCUUUUUGAGUUGUGUGCGUAACAUGGAUGAGCUCAAGUGGACGUCCAUGAUGGGGUUUCUCACUAUAUUCUACAUUGUUUUAACCGCGGUUGCGCGGUACUUCACAAGUCGUCGGACGCCGCCGUAUCCCAAGGUUGAUCCAGUGGCUCGCGGUGAAAUCAAUUGGUACCACGUUGGCACGGGUUUAUUCCGCACAAUGUCGACGUAUGGUGUGGCUUUCGAUUACCAUUACAAUGUACCAUAUUUUUACAAGGAACUUAGGGAUCGCACGCUACCUAAUAUGAUGAAAAGUGUUUAUAUUGCCUUUCCCAUUAUUGUUUGCUGUUAUAUUGCAACCGGCGUGUUUGGAUAUCUGACAUUUGGUGAUAUCGUGGCUGAUGACGCCUCGGGGGGCGAUAUUGUGCGCAUCUACCCCGAGGAUGACCCAGUGGUGAAUGUUGGGCGCCUUGGACUUUUUUUCCACUUCGCCUGCGUCUAUCCCAUCCUCUCCGUCGGUGCCCGUCGUGGACUUCACCGACUUAUUAUGAACGCGCUGAUGUGGGCUAGCCAGACAGAGCGUGUUGAGCUGGGAGGACAGCUGGGGGAGGUCAGCUACAGCGGUCAGGAGGGAGUGGCAGGUGAUACGAGUGACAGUGUGUUUGGUGUGAACGCUGACAGGGACGUGGGUUCUCCUGAAGACACCACCCGGCUAGCCAUCGUCCUCGAGGCGCUUUUUAUUGUUAGUACGACGCUCUUGCUCGCUGCCGUAAUACCGGGAAUUUCGGUGGCGAUUAACAUCCUCGGUUCCCUAUUUGGCACCUUUUUGAUGCUAACGGGCCCUGGUUUGAUUGCGUGGUUUUUGUUCUCACGCACCCCGUUGGUAGGAACUUCCCCGUACCGUUUUGUCCGCCUCCUCAUGGGCCUCUCCGUGUUGCUUAUUGUGUCGGGUGUUUUUUUUUCAGUUGUGGGAAUAACGUUCCUGAUCAAAAAGUACACAACUUAG